AUGGCCUUCGCGUUUCCCGAUCACUAUGGCCACCGAUUCACGCCGACACUCCAUAACGAGGCCGAGGGGCCGACGCUUCCAGAAAACAAUCGCUCAACGCCCUGCGUCGUGGUCGUCACAGGCGCGGGUAAGGGUCUAGGUGUCUACAUCUCACUCGCUUACGCGCGUGCCGGAGCGACUGGUAUCUGCAUCUCGAGUCGAACGCCGAGCGAUCUUGACGCGCUGGAGAAGCAGCUGAGGGAGGUGAACCCGAAGUUGGAGAUCCUGUCGGAGGUCUGUGACACGACGAAGCCGGAGUCUGUCGAGACGCUCGCAGAAAAGGUCCGAGAGAAGUGGAACGGGCGAUUGGACGUGGUCAUUGCAAACGCCGGUAUCAUCUCGAAGUACCUGUACGACACGGACUCGAGCACGGGGGAGAAGACGAACUGGCGCCUCCCCAAGGGCAUCGUCGAAGACGACGACUUCAAGCGCGUCAUCGACAUCAAUCUGCUGGGCAGCUACUAUGUCGCCAAGUACUUUACGCCGCUGCUCAUCGACCCGGAGAACCCCAGCAAAGUGAGGAGUUACAUCGUCAUCACGAGUCUUGCGAGCCAGUUGACCGAGAGCAGUUUCACGCCGACGGCGUACAACGUGGCAAAACUCGGCAACAACCGCAUGGUCGAGCACAUGGCUGAGGACCACAAGGGCGAAGGACUGCUGGCCUUCGCGGUGCACCCUGGCGCUGUCCUGACACCGCAGACGGCGAACCAUUCGACGAAGAAGGGCGAUGCCUGGGACACGCGCUUGACCGAGGACAUUGGUCUGUGCGGCGGCUGGUUGACCUGGUUGACCCGCGAGAGAAGGGAGUGGUUGAGCGGGCGGUACCUCAGUGUGACUUGGGAUGUGGACGAGCUGGAAGCCAUGAAGGACGACAUUGUACGCGAAGAUAAGUUGAAAUUCAGAAUGGUUGUCUAA